AUGUACAGUCGAAUGACCCUCAACCUUGGUGUACCUCUCAGGACAAGGCGGAUUAAAUGCGAUCUAUCCCGGCCCUCGUGUUUGAAAUGCCAGUCUACAGGUCGCACCUGUGACGGCUAUGGUGAGAUGGCCCUCAGCGGCGACAGUUACCUCCAUGCGGGUCAUCGCCAUGGCCUCAUGUGGCAGAGCCUAGGGCCCUUGAUGAUCUUACCAGCGACGGAGUCACCCCAGACCGAGGCAAUGUGUUUUUUCCAGUACAUUUCGGUCAGGCAUCUGACUGAAUAUCACCCCUGCGGGUCAUGGCGUAAGACGCUGAUGUUCUUCGCCCAAACAGUGCCAUCAGUCCGGCAUGCCGCCAUCGCGCUGGCCCUGAUCCACCGCAACUACUUCGAUCGCCAUUCUAGCGGCCAUGUGCAUCAAUCGCACUCUUUGACAGACUGGCCUCCAAGCGCGGCUCCCUUGCUUCACUACAACCAGGCCAUUCACCUUCUUCUGAACCAGCAAGCUGGCGACAGUCCCGAAACAACAGUCGUCACGCUUCUGGUCUGCUAUCUAUUCACCUGCUUUGAUAACCUCGCGGGCAACUACGUACAAGCAGUGAAGCAUCUGCGCGCAGGCGUGGAGCUCUCCCGCAACAUCGACCAUUCCGCGCCCUCAGGCGUUCACCCACCCAUCUCCCAGGUCACCCGCCAGAUCCGCCGUCUCGACAUGCAGGCCGGGACGUUUCUGAUCGACUGGAUUCCCCUCGACAUCCAGGAGACAUGUCCGUCUCCGCUUCGACCCUCCGACAGUCCCUUCCGGUCUCUCGACCACGCCGCCGACCAGCUCCAGACGCUCGUCGCGCGGGUAAUGCGACUGCGCCAUACGGACCAGCAACUGUCCCCGACGGAGCGAACCACAUCGUUGUCGCCUCCGUCACGGAAGGAUAUCGUCCUCGACCAGCUGGAAACGUGGUCCGCUCUCUUCGACAACAUCCUGCAACAAGACAGCGCCUGGGCCACCACAGCGUCCGGCCCUGACCCGCUCGUCUCCCUUCUGCGUCUACAGCACACGCUCGCAUGCAUGCUACUCCGCACCUGCGGACCGGGCCGGGAACUGGACUAUGACGGCUUCCUGCCGCAGUUCCAGCAAUGCGUGGCGUGGGCGGCCGACGUCGCGGCCGCGCGUGAGCGGUACGCGGGGUCGUUGAAGCCGACGUUCACGCCGGAGACCGGGAUCGUCCCCGUGCUUUAUAUCAUCGGGGUCAAGUGCCGGCAUCCCGUGGUGCGGCGCCAGGUCUUGGGCAUUCUGCGACGGCAGCCGAUCCGGGAGGCGGUUUGGGAUAGCUUCUGUGCGGCCAGGGUCGUGGAGCGGGUCAUCGAGAUUGAAGAGGCCGGGCAAUUGGUACCCAGCAUGGAACAGAUUUCGGUGUGGCAGAGGAUCGAGACGGUAUCGUGGGAACAGUCGGCGGCCAGGUUGGACAUUACAUAUACGUUCUGCGCGCGGGAGGGAGUGUAUGUCGAGUCUCUUAGCAUUUAA